AUGGCUUUCGCCGGAAAAUGGGCCUUCGUGAGGAAUGAGAAGAUGAGGGAGUUUGCAACUGCUGCCGGAGCACCAGAAGACAAAGUAGACAAAAUGAUUGAUGUACCGAUAACAGUGGAUUGCAAAAAAGAUGGUGAUUUCUACACGAUGACUUUCACCGGACCCGAGAAAAGUAUCGUACAGAAAUUCAAGUCAGACGCAGAAUUCACCGAAGAAAUUGGGCCUUUCGGCAAGAAACGACAGGCUAUCGCUAAAAUAGACGGUGACAAGAUGGCCAUCAGGGGAGUCAAUGAAGGCGAAGCAGUGGAAAAGAGAGAGGUAAUCGGCGACGAAAUGAUCUUUACAUUCGUCAAACCUGGAAUUCCAUUCAUGGCGAAACGCUACUUCAAACGGGCUUGA